CAAGUUGGUUUCGAGUUCGUAUGAAGUUCGUCAUCCGCGCACACAGGUAGUAGAGGAGUAGAGGCGGCAGAGAAACCAAAGGUCCGUGAACCUGCGCACUCGAGCUAGAGAUCAUUACUGCCUGCACUAAUCAUGGUCACCGAUCAGGACAUUGAACGCUUUUUUUGUAAAGCCUUGGAACUUGUUAAAGAAUCUGGAGCGCUUGUGCAAAGGGCAUUCGGCGAAGGGAAACAGGUCGAAACGAAGUCAGAAUUUACUGAUCUAGUUACUCAAUAUGAUCGGCAGGUUGAACAGCUGCUCAUUGGGAAACUUCGAGAGGAAUACCCAAAUCACAAGUUCAUCGGAGAAGAAUCAGUCGCUGCGGGUAUCAAAAGCGAGCUUACGAAUGACCCUACAUGGAUUAUUGACCCCAUUGACGGGACCAUGAAUUUUGUGCACGGGUUUCCAGUCGUUGCUGUUUCUGUCGCACUCGCUGUUCAGAAAGAGAUUGUAGUGGGCAUUGUGUACAAUCCAGCUUUGGAUAAGAUGUACACUGCAGUCAAAGGGCAUGGCUCCUUCUGCAAUGGCACCAGGCUCAACGUCUCUGGACAAAAUGAAAUUUCUAAGGCCCUGAUUAUAAGCGAAGUAGGAAGCAGUCGGGACCCAGGUCACAUGCAGUUUGUUUUUCGCAACAUGCAUAACCUUAUGCAGAAAGCACAGGGAUUGCGUUGUCUAGGCUCCACAGCAGUAAACAUGUGCUUUGUGGCAAGUGGUGAGGCGGAUGCCUUUUAUGAAUUUGGAAUGCAUGUCUGGGACAUGGCUGCAGCAGCACUAAUUGUUACUGAGGCCGGAGGCGUAGUCAUGGACACUCAAGGUGUGGGACCCUUGAAUCUGAUGCACCGAAGAGUCCUUUGUGCAAGCUCUCAUGCACUGGCAAAUACAAUCAGCCAAAUUUUGGAACAUGUUCAGCUCGAGAGUGACUAGGUUUAGUUUUGCAGUAUUUUUAUAUGUAAUGUGUUAUAAUUACUCAAGAAAAUGGUUAGCAUUUCUACAGUGCUUGCAUAGCAGCUCACUAUAGGCACAUUCAUUAUUUAGUAAGCUGCAAUAAAUUUGUAAAAAUGUGGAAUGCUUUAAAUUUUAUUGUGGAUGUGUAGAUGUUAUUGCAAGAACUCAUUAUUGCAAUGUUAAGACAUAUAUUCAGUGUAAUAAACACUGUACGUAUGGCCUGUGAUGAGCAGGCACCAUUUUAGUUCCUUUACGGCGUUGUGAUCUAUGAAGUCAUUGAAAGUCCCAGGUUAUCAAAAUCGAUCUAAAGUCUUCUACCAUGAUGCAGCGUAAAAAUGGUAAAGCGUCACGAUAUAGACACCUCUUACAUUAUUUGAUAACAUUCUGUGGGACCAAGCAGACAUUGGUCAUUACACUUUUUAGCAAUGGAUUUUUUUUUUUCAAAUAACCAGUAAUUUCUGCUGUGUUCAUAUUUAUGAAAACUGGCACUGCCUUUCGUUUUGCUUUAUCUGUGUCCUGCUGUCGCUCUACAACACUGUUCUUCUUCAAGUUUUGUUGAAUAAUAAAACCUCUGCAUUACAGUAAAGCUCAUCUUAUAUCAGAACACACCCUGAUUUCUCUUCCUUACCCGUCGUGGUAACUCUGCAGCUAUGGCGUCGCACUGUUAAUCACAAGGGCAUGGAUACGAUUCCCAGCCACAGCAGCUACAUUUCGAUGGGGAUCAAAUGCAAAAAAUGCCCAUGUGCUUGGAUUUGGGUGCACAUUAAAGAACCCCAGGUGGCCUGAAAUAAUUCAAAGUUCACCACUACUGCAUGCCACAUAAUAUAUAAUGGUUUUGGCAUGUAGAAACGCAGAAUUAAAUUUUUUUUUCCGUGCCUUAUUUUUUACUUGUAAUUUUGCUAGUCAUUUAUGUAGUGUGAAUUUCUUAAUGUGAAAUACGGGACAGUUUUCAAAUCAGUGAGCAUGACUUGAACAUCAGAAGACUUGUAAAUUAUUUUUGGCCUGAAAUUGUUUAUUAUCCCAUUUAAUUCGCUUUUGUAUUACAUUUAUGGACCAUUUGCUGUUUAGUGUUAUGCAAUAAAAGCUUUAUCUUAA